AUGGAUUUUGAUGAUCGGGUGCCUGAGCGCCCUGGCCCACGAGGCAAGACAUUCGUUGGGCCAUGGCUUGAGCAACAAGUUGUUUUAUCCUUUGUCAUCGGGCUGUUGGCCGUCCUGGUGUUUGGUGUGUGGAAGCGGCAUUAUCCAUCUGUAUAUUUGGCGAGACAUCAUGCGCAAGGAUCUGCUUUACCUUAUGAUCGGAUGCGUAACAGCAUGUUUGGCUGGAUCUUACCCACUCUCUUGUAUUCAGACCACAGCGUUCUUCACACUGUGGGAUUGGAUGGUGUCACAGCACUCCUCUUUUUCAAGAUGGGCUUUAUGUACUUGACGCUAACCAGCAUCUGGGCCCUGUUCGUGCUGAUGCCUGUGCAUUUUUACACCAAUGGCUGGGUUGAUGGUGUCAAGCCAGGCGAGUCUUUGGGUGAUUCGAUUUUCUAUCCCAUGCGACGCUUGCGUAAACCAAAAGAGCCUCUGCCAUUGCUUCCUUUGCCAACUAUUGUUACGCGUGAUACGCUGUAUGAAAACACGCAACUCGUGAGCACAUUUGCGUACUCGCUCCUCGCUAUGUUCAUGUUGUGGCGUGCCUAUCGUGUGUUCAUCUCUUUUCGACAGAGCCAUUCAGGGUCGUUGGAACAGUCAGACACUUCGCGCACUGUGGAAGUGCAUAUGCUGCCUGAUCACUUGUCUACAGAUGAGGCGCUCAUAUCUUACUUUGAGAGCAUUCGCCUGCCUGUCGAGAGUGUUUGCAUCCUCAAGAAUACAUCGAGCCUGGACAAGUUGUUGCGGCAACGAGCUCGAGGUUUGUUCCGGUUAGAGCGUUUAUGGUAUUCGUGGCUUGGUGACGACAGCGCCGUGGAGAAUUAUGAUCCAGCAGCGAUUGAGGAUCAGACGUUGGCGAUGUCAGAACCGCCCAAGCCGGGUGAUGCACCGAUGAUUGGUACACAUAUUCGUGCGAAUCGCCCGCGCCCUCGCGCUUAUGUGCCUCUAUGGAACUGGGCUGGAGAACAUGUCGACGCCAUUGAUCAAGCAUCUUAUGAAUUCGCGACCCUGGAUAGAGCCGUGCGUGCAUUACGUGACUCUCUCUUUCCUCACACGCACACUGCUUUUGUUACUUUCCAACAUACAUGGAGCGCGCAAAUUGCGGGCCAGGUGGUGCAUUACCCUUCGCCUGGUCGCAUGCUGACGGAGCCGGCUGUGGAGCCACGAGACGUCAUUUGGGAACACCAGGAAACGGCUGUAUGGGACCGGAGAGUUCGGCAAUGCAUCAUGGCGCUGAGUAUGGCUAUCUUUCUCUCGAUCACGCUCUCAUUGGAUCUGAUACUCGCAUCUUUGGUCAAUUUGAAUGGGAUCAAGGUCUAUUUCCCAUGGUUGGGGGAUCUGAUUGAUGAAAAUUUGCGCCUGCGUGCGUUUGUGCAAAACUCGCUCCCUACUCUGCUGCUGAUUUCCAUCAACGCUUUGGUUCCUGUGGCGAUGAGAUACUCAACGUGGUUCCAGCGUAUUCGUGCAUACUCGCAUAUUGAGCACAGUGUUUUGGGUAUGUACUAUCUGUACUUGCUGUUCUCUGUGGUGUUUGUUUUCCUGUUUACGAGUGCCCGUGAUAUGCUCAAUGAGUUGUCAGAAAGCCCGAUGCACAUGAUUGACAAGCUCGCGCAGUCUUUGCCUGUGGCACGAAACUUUUCUCUCGCAUAUGUCAUAUUUCAGGGACUUGCGAUCCAGCCCUUCCAGCUUGUCCUCCUUCCGAAUAUUCUACUCAGGCAGUUUGAGAGUCUCUUUUGUGUCAUGACGCCUCGCCGCUGGGCGCAUUUGCUCAGUGCGCCUACACUGACUAUUGGGACACUGUAUCCCCAAGCCCUUCUGAUCUUUACACUUUGUGUUCUCUACAGUAUUGUGAGUCCGUGCAUCAACGUGUUUGGUGCCUUGUAUUUUGGCAUCGGCUAUGUGGUCGUCAAGUAUCAGCUUUUGAAUGUGUUUGACAGGCCCUACGAUUCACAUGGACAUGCAUGGCCAUUGGCUGUGCGGAGGUGUAUCUGGGCCGUGGUGCUCUUUCAAGUGUUCCAGCUUUCCCUCUUCUCUGUACGGAAGCAAGUGUUGAACAGUUUACUGAUUGUGCCGCUCAUUGGUUAUACCAUAUGGUUUGCCUUCCAUGUGCAGAAAACGUUUCUGCCUCUCACGUCCUUUGUCAACUUGCAUGAUAUCUAUGCUGCAGAGGAAGAAUUGCGUCACCGGAACGAGGCAUAUCAAGAUGAGCCACAUUCUCAUAUACCCUCAGGAGAAGAGCAUCCUGGACGCUCCUCUGUGAUGACGAGUCGUUCCUGCCUGCUCAGUGUAAGUCAGAGGACGUAUAAGCAGCCAUCACUGACAGGACCACUUCCGACGCUUUGGUUGCCACAUUCACGCCCCACGUUUCUAGAACCUGUAUAG